UGUAUUUGUCCUCUCCAAAACCCAUUCUACUUCAAAACAGCACUUCAUGGAACUCAAAGAAAUUGCUUGGCGAAUUCACAGGCCACGCGGUGUUAUACUGAUCUUCUACGAUCUCGAUGGAACCCAGGCAAGGGAGGUAAAAUCAUUCCCAAAUGAUUUUCUUGCCCCUCACUCAUGGUUCUGAACAAUUUAGAUUUAAUAUUAUUUCAAAAUUAGUAGUUUUUUUUUUCUUUGGUCGAUGCAUAAUCUAAUUAAAUAAAAAUGGGUGAGAAUGACGGUGUGGUAGACACAAUUCCUUCUUCUUCUUUUUUAAGCUUAAAACUUGUGCGUUAUUAUGAGCUUCUAAUAUCACUUGUUGAGGAGUGAGAGCAAUCGAACGGAAGCAGGAGAAAACAAAUGGGUGAAACUGUGGGAGGACUCAUAUCUUAAUUCAAAACGUAUCAAUUUAUGGACCCUUCCACUUUGUUAUAUACUAGUUCUGGAUGAAAUCUAUGACAAUGUCGCUAGUCAAUUCAGCAACUUCACAAGUGGAACACCUGAUGAUCUUUUUGAGAUGUAUCGUAUGAUGAUCCAACCAAGACGAAUUUCAAAAGCCAUCAAUGAAAUUGUUAGCAUGGUCAUGAUAGCACUGCGUCAACUAGAAUAUGUUGUUGAGCUAAUUGGGAUGCAAUCUCGUGUGUCUGAAGUCGAAAGCUCUUGAAUUUGGAUUCAAAUGAUGAACUUCAAGUGGUAGGAAUUUGUGGUAUGGGUGGAGUAGGGAAGUCAACUCUUGCUCAAGUUUUGUACAGAUCAAUCUCUCGACAUUUUGAUGCAUUUUGUUUCAUAGAGAAUAUAAGCCAACUUUUGCGUGAUGAUCUAUCUUUAAUGGAAAUUCUUGAUCAAAACUUGGAGAUCAAAGAUCCAGAGACUUGGACCCCAAACCAACGUAGAUUUCUCAUUGUUCUUGAUGGUGUUGAUAAUGUAUUGGAAAAUCUCGAUGCAUUUAAUGUUGUUCUGGAAUCUGAAUGGUUUGAUCAAGGAAGUAGAAUCAUCAUUACAACUAGAGAUGAACGAGUCCUUGAAAUGUGUAAAGUGGAAGAAGUUUACAGACCUAAAUUAUUGAGUAUGGAAGAAGCCCUUCAACUCUUUUGUAUAAAAGCUUUUGGAUGUGAUCAUCCAGAUAGUGGAUAUGAAGAAUUGACGAAUAAUAUACUUGAAUAUGCUAAUGGCCUUCCAUUAGCAAUUAUAAAAUUGGGCUCACUCUUGAGUCAAAAAAGUGUCAAAGAAUGGAAAAGUGCCUUGGUUCAACUACAAAGAAUUCCGAAUCGACAAAUAAUGGACAUGCUUGAAAAAAGUUAUGACGAGCUUGAUGCAAGAGCAAGGAAAUAUUUUUGGACAUCACAUGUUUCUUUAUUGGGAAAAAGAUGGAUCGUGUGAAGGAAAUUUUAGAUAGUUGUGGCUUUCCAGCAGAUAAUGGAAUGAAACUUUUGAUUGAAAAAUCACUCAUGACCAUUCUAGAUCACAAAAUAGGGAUGCAUAAUAUGUUGCGAGAAAUGGGACGACAAAUUGUUCGAAGAGGUUUCCCUUAUGAGCCAAGAAAAUGGAAUAGGUUGUGGUAUUUAGAUGAUAUUGAUUAUGUUAUGCAAAAUGAAAGUACGGCUAUGGAAAGAUUUGAAGCUAUAUCCCUUGAUUUGGAAGACUCUAGAAGGGCUACGUUGAGAAUUGAAGCCUUGUCACGCAUGAGAAAUCUUAGAUUGCUCAUAUUUCGUAAUGUGAACUGUUAUGGAACACUCAAUUCUCUUUUUAAUGAGCUACGAUAUGUUUCAUGGCAUCAAUAUCCUUUCACUAGUUUGCCAUCAAGUUUUGAGCCUCAUGCACUAGUUGAAUUGAUUAUGCCUGAUAGUAACAUCAAAGAAUUAUGGGAAGGUGAAAAGGUGCUUCCUAAGUUGAAAAUUUUGAUUCUUAGUGGCUCCAAAAAUUUGACUAAGAUGCCAAAUUUUGGAGGGGUUCCAAAUCUUGAAAGAUUAGACCUUAAAGGAUGUAUUAGAUUGUUGCAACUCCAUCCAUCGAUUGCUAGAAUUCCAAAGCUCAAAUUCUUAAAUUUGAGAAGCUGCAUUAAUCUUGUCAGUAUUCCAAAUAACUUAUUUGGUCAAUGCUCUUUGGAAAUCCUAAAACUUGCUGGCUGUUCAACGUUUGCUGAUUGUUUGAGAUUUUAUCCUUUGAAGAGCUCCACAGAAGUGAAACUACUCAGCAUUUGGUAUCAUCAAUUCUUAGAGAGAAUGUUAUACUUUAUUUUAUUUGUUUUGCCAGGACAUAAGAAUUAUCAUCAGCUUCUUUGUUGCUGUCUUUUUUACUUUCUCUGUAAGGGAAAAUAGAAAGCAUGUCCUGAGAGAUAUAUGAAC